AUGUGGGCGAAACCGGGCGGAAGUUGCAAACUCGCCUACAAGAACACAAAUCGGCCACUUGGAGGUUAGACCCUAACUCUCAACUAGCAACACACGUUGGGGAAACGGGGCAUACUUUUGAUCUCCAGAGGACUACCAUCUUAGGCCGAGGCAACACAGAAACAGAACGGCUAACUCUCGAGGCGUGGUUCUCCGAUGCCCACUAUAUCAAUAGGCAUCUGGACCUUCCUGCAGCUUACAAAGUCCUACGUCAUCACAAUCGUAGAGUUCAGGACCAAACAACCACACCGGACUUAAGAAGGUCGCACGGAGAUAGCCCGACGCUGAGUUUUCUCCGUGAGGAAGAAGAAGAACCGCCAGAACGACCGCCCGACUGAAGUCCAAUCAGUUCCCCCCGACGGAGUGGUGACACGCAAAGCACACAGGCAAAACGCCCGUCAACCAUCUCCCGACAGGCAGAGACAGCGAGAGGAAAAAAAAUCGAUCAGCCUGAGGCCGGCCAACACAACUGCCACUUUCAAUUACAUUUCUGAUCGAUUAAGUGCAUUUUACGCUUUGACAAUGAAGAGCCGACCCAGAUCUUUGAAACGUCAGCACUUAAAUAAACCUCUUGCGGAGAGCCAGUCUUCGUAUUCAAAUAAUCAACUCGGAUAUCUCAACUUUGCUAAUCUGAAUAUGACUUUUACAUCAUAAUUUAGGGCUACCAGGAUUCCUGCUAGUUGUGGAAACAAGAGUUUAGAAUUGUUGCUAAUUGUGGUUCACCUAAAAAUCCAGGUCCCCAGUAGAAGGAAAAUAGUCCGUGAGAGUUAGAUAAUAACUGCUGAUUGUGAAGGUUUGCAUUUAGUAUUACGCUGCUACCGAGCAACAAGGAGAUGCCCUCUUAAAGAAGGAGACACGAUCGCCGGGACAAGAGCUUUAUUAGCCUGAUGUUUCGGAUUCCUACUCGAAUCCAUCAUCAGAGACACGGGUGGUUGCUGCACAAGGGGCUGCGGUAUUUAUAGGAUGCCGCAGCCAUGCUACCGCAUACCUAUGAACAUUCACGGCUCCCCCCUUCACCCGGGAUCGUCGCAGUUGGUGUAAUCACUGCUCGAUGGCCGACAUUCGAGUCGAUAAUUGCUGCAAUUUCAUCACGUGCGUUGGAUGUUGGCGUGAUGAUUGCUCGACCAUCUGACGCACCGACCCCGGUGUUGGAAAAAGUGUUCACCUCGGCGCUCCCAGCAUGGCUUGUUACUCCGCCUAGGCUAUCCUCCGCAGGAGCAGAUUCGUACCGAUCUCACCCAUGAACUCACAGGGACUCCAACGUACCGACUGGCUAAGUGGCUGUACCGGCGUCUCAAGUUCCUGACCGCUGAGUCAAACAGCACGGUCUCUUCGUCAGCACAAUUCCAGGAGAAACUCAAAGGGGUAAGCAUCCAUCCAAAUGAGGUCAUGGUAUCUUUUUAUGUUACAUCCAUUUUACUUCUAUUCCCCAGGACCUGGCGAUCGAGACAAUUGAGCUGCUACUACAAAGCAAAUAUGAUGAAACGGAGAACCGUCUUGGACACGCCCAAAUCCUUCAGCUGCUGAAGCUCUGUCUCAGGACGUACUUCACGUUCAACGGGACAAUCUACGAACAGGUGAAGGGCACACCAAUGGGUUCGCCGAUUUCGGGAUUCAUCGCCGAGGCGGUCCUGCAACGGUUAGAAUCGCUGGUCUUCCAACACCACAGACCGAAAUUCUGGGCCCGGUAUGUGGAUGAUACCUUCGUCGUCAUCGAACGGGAUCAGGUGUUGACAUUCCAAGAACAUCUCAACGCCGUCUUCCCGGACAUUCAAUUUACGAUUGAGGAGGAAGAGAACAAUCAGCUGGCCUUCCUGGAUGUCCUCGUAUGCCGCAAAGAUUGUGGUGAAUUAAAAACCAAAGUGUUCAGGAAAGCUACAAAUACGAUGCAAGUACUGAACUUCAACAGUAACCACCCAAUCAGCCACAAACGCAGUUGUGUAAGGACGCUCUAUCGGCGUGUCGAAACGCACUGCAGUGAGCCGGAAGACAAAAUUGCCGAACUACAAUACCUCCGACGGGUCUUCAAGGCCAAUGGCUACCCGCGCAACUUCUUCGACCGGUGCAUACGCAAAAGAGACGAAAGGCCUAACCGCACGGACACCAAAUCUUGGCGGACACUUCCGUAUGUGAAGAACGUUUCGGAAGCUGUCGGCCGCCUUCUCGCACCACUUGGGGUUGGAGUGGCACACAGACCGGAGGCGACCAUCAGGCGUCUGGUCAUGAAACCGAAAGACCCACUGCCACGGCUAGAAACGUCUGGAGUCGUUUAUCGGAUCUGGUGCAGUUGUGGACAAAGCAACUACGUCGGAGAAACCGGAAGACAGCUCCGAACGAGAAUGGCCGAACACGCGGCAGCGGUGCGCAGAAAUGACGCCAGCUCUCAAGUUGCGGCUCAUUCGACGAGAGCCGGCCACACAUUCAAAUUCGAUGAGGCCGAAAUUCUCGCAAGAGGUGACAACCGCGUGAGCCGGGAGCUACUGGAAUCAUGGUUUACUGGCCCCCAGUCCAUCAGCAAGUGCAACGAUCUUCCCACUCCAUACUGCGUGCUAAAACUUCGCCUAGGCGGAGUAACAAGCCAUGCUGGGAGCGCCGAGGUGAACACUUUUUCCAACACCGGGGUCGGUGCGUCAGAUGGUCGAGCAAUCAUCACGCCAACAUCCAACGCACGUGAUGAAAUUGCAGCAAUUAUCGACUCGAAUGUCGGCCAUCGAGCAGUGAUUACACCAACUGCGACGAUCCCGGGUGAAGGGGGGAGCCGUGAAUGUUCAUAGGUAUGCGGUAGCAUGGCUGCGGCAUCCUAUAAAUACCGCAGCCCCUUGUGCAGCAACCACCCGUGUCUCUGAUGAUGGAUUCGAGUAGGAAUCCGAAACAUCAGGCUAAUAAAGCUCUUGUCCCGGCGAUCGUGUCUCCUUCUUCAAGAUUACUUCCUGGGACGCGUCUCUUCGCUUCUAUUGGAUGCCCUCUUAUCCAUAUUUAUCGUCAGUCUGGGUUUUGCACACUCGUAAAUGUAAUGUUUUCCUUGCUGUGUGCGUUUCGUAUAUAGUAACCUUAGGCAUAUACUGGUUGCCUACAAGGGACCGUUGAAUUUUCAUUUGGACUGAGUUUUGCCAGCUGAAAUUCUUCCUUUUAAGUGGACUGCAUAAGGAAUUUGGUUUCGUGUCUACUGAAAUAUCGGAAAUGUCUGACCGACCGGUAUUUGUAAAUAGGAUUCAACCGAUUUAACCUGUAGAUAUCUCACUUAUGUUUUGCAUCUUACAUCCGCUGCUUGGCCGCCUCAUCUCUUUCGUGUUUCUUUACAGAAGUGUUCGGUGUCAGAACUCUUGUUUUUGUUUACGUCCGACGGAAGCCCUUGGUUGAGUCCUCUUGUGUUUGAGAUAUGUACCAAGAAAUCACAAACGGUUAAAUUGUUCUACUUUCAUACCACGUAAGAGGCCUGUCCAAAGUCGCUUCAAUGAUUUUGAGUAGAGUAGUAAGAAAGCUCUCUCUCUGUUUGUUUUUCAUUUAAUGGCAGACCAUGAGAACCUGUAGGACAUGUCCCAUGAUGAGUUGCACUUCCUCUCGAGACUUUGUCGAGGCCAGAAAGAUUGACUGCUCUCCUAUACCGAAAGGCAACUAAAGCGACUGUAAAAACACCGGGCUCCUUCUCUUGCAUGCGUGCAAAUCACGUACUUUUAUUAUCAAUAUAGACGUCUGUCAUCAAGGUUAGUGAGGAUAACUCGGGUUCACCUUUCAUCUAACUGGCAGCAAGUGUUUAAAUUCGUGUCAGUCAGAGGGCGAAAUCCAGGUAAUUUGUCAAUUACAGGCGAGAUGCUGUUUGCAAUACAAUGAUUCCUCCUCGAUCACAGGGUUGAAUCCAGAACUACCGCGAUAAGUGAAAAUCGAUGAAGUAAAAAUCAACCAGGCAAACUAACUGAUGAAACAUUGCCAGAAAUCGAACGGUCUGUCAAGUAAGCGUUUGACCUUCACUGUUAGGGUCUCUCUCGAUCCCAUUCUGGCCAACCGCCAGCUUGCUACUGGCGACAAUGAAGUUUGUGUCACAGGACACAUAACACGUAUCACACAUAAACAGUUCACUACAGUAGGUGGGCUAACUCAUGCGAAAUAUCGAAAUGCGUUUUUGUUUCGAAAAGAUAACCUUAAUAGGGUUGUAAAAAUCACCAUCAUGCAGCGUAAUUGUAUAAUAUUUCGGUUAUCUCAGGAUGCUGGCUUUUGAACGAACUUCUGUCUGACUGAAUACAAAAACCAAACUCUAUAAAAUGACAACUUAUGUAGCGUGCAUUUUUCUCAUUGAUUUUUGAUGUUUUUAAAAUUUCAAUUAUAUUUCAUGGAAAACAUGCAUAAUAAUAUUUAUUUGUUUGCUCAUCCUGUAGAAAACUACGUCUUCUUCCAAUUUUAUACUCGAAAGAAGGGUAUGCUUCGGUUUUAAAAAGUUUCUAAUUGUGAGAUUUUUUAAUACCGUGAAAUGGCCGUUCAUAAAACGUCAUAUCUCUGCGUUUACCAAUGCGGCUCGUAAAGUAAACAAUAUGGAUCAAAUCUACUGUUAACUUUUACGAACCCUAUAUAGUCCCCCCUUAAUAAUGUAGAGAAAUGUAUGGUUUUCCGUACUAGGGAAACAUGUGGCUUGUACUUUGGAAACCCCGACCGCAAGUGUAACGGCAGGUCGAGUUCAAAAUUAUUCAGAAAUUGGGAACGUUUUUUAAAACCGAAUUAUAUUCUUCUUUCAAGUAUUUAACUGGAAGAAGAGAUAAUUUAAUUUUUAAAAUCAUCAAAAAUCAAUGAGAAAAAUACAUGCUUCACAAACAAUCAUUUUUUACAGAGUAUUGUUUUUGCAUUCAGUCAGACAGAAGUUCGUUCAAGAGCCAGCAUCCUAAGAUAACCGAAAUAUUAUAGAAUUACGCUGCAUGAUGAUGGUUUUUACAAUCCUAUUAAAGUAAUCUUUUUGAAACGAAAACGCAUUUCGGAACAUCGAUUGACAUUUCAUGAGUUCGCCCACCUACUGUAAGAGUAGGCCAGGUCAGACGCAGACGGCUGUUUCACGGUCGUUACCGAUCAUCAGUACGUCAUAGGCCAUAUGAAUUGAGGUAUACAAACAUAUCAAGCAAGCGCUUGACCCUCACUGAGGAUCAGUAAGCACCGUAAAACGGCUGUCUACGUCUGGCCUGUUGCACUCUUAAUGAGUUGCUAAUGCAUAAAAUGGCUUCUUUUCCGCAGAAUUUCUCGAAUCAGCGAAAUACCCAUGAAAUACGCUUAGAGAUGCUUGCAUAUAAAAUCCGGGAUAGACUAAAUCCGUGAAGGACGAAGACCGAUAUAGCGAGAGAUCAAUGUUCUAAAAAGGCCGCAGUCUAUGCAAUUCAAAUCUGGAACCGUAAAUAUAAACCAUCAGGCAGCCUCAAAUUGACAAAGCGCCAAAUAAGUCUAAAACGUAAUACUGGUUAUGAUUUAAAGUAGGUUAGAUAAAAACUCUUCUGUGGACUAGUAGUCGCGAAAGCGUACCCCACUUUCUUACUUCUUGCCUGUCCACGGUUGCCUUCUGUCUUUCGAAUGGACUAGUCAUUUCGCAACUCUGUCGGCCGCGUAAUGGGAAGUAUGGGGUGCCGAACUACUUCGCUGAUAUCUUGAAACCAAUUCUUUCUUCGAGGACAUGUGCGUCCAGACGCUCCGAAGUGAUGGCACUGCUCUUGUCCCAUCUGGCACCGACAAUGCCCAUUUCCAGACUUCGCAUCCGCUUUUUAUUUACCAUGCUGUCAAAUUAUCAUCUACGGCACCUGGUCCAUUUUUUUAAAUGUUAACAAAGAUUCCGAAAUGUGCUUUCGAUUAGAAAGAAUUACUCCGGUGGUGUUGUGGUGCCGUUUAUUUUAAAACAUUAUUCAAUACUAAUUCAGUCCCAUCAGGAUGUCCUUUUUGAAUGAAUUUCUUUUUGGCUGUCUGCACAAGGCAAACCCGGCAAAAACCGACUCCUUAAUUGUAUACGAAACACAGUAAAAUAAUUAGUACGCUUCUUACGUCUUGCCGUUGGUAAGGAAAAUUCUGCUUGUUAAAGACCAACCUAUGCACCAGCUUUCUUGACCUGUCGAAUGCUCUUGAUGCCGCGAACUUUGACUGGUUGCGCAACAUCGCGCUGAAAGUUGGAUGCCAGAGACUGCUUGCACAAGUGGCGAAAAAACUGAGCGGUGACAAGUAGGUGCCCGUUACAGGAGAUGGAUAAGUUCCCGAAGCCCUUGCGACGGCAUAAUUCGUUUCUGUCAUCUUCAGCCUCCUCUUAUUCUUCAUACGAAGGAAAUUCCAUCUUUAGGAUCGGUACGUAACUAGCUUUAACAACUGAAAAUGUGGAAAGUUAUUCAACAGCCGGUGUAUACGGACAUAAACCAAUCACAAGCUAGAAUGCACGACCUUUUAUUCGCGGACAAUUGCGAUGUGAGCACCAAAGCUGGGUUGGUAUGCAACAGAUUCUGCACAAAUCUGCUCCCGGUUGAUCAAACUUCAGACUAACUGUUAGCACGAAGAAGACUAUGGUAUGCAGUAAUUGGUGUCAACCGUGCAAUAAGAUGAGAAUCUGACGACUGUACAUGGAAUGUGCCCGUGCAAUUAUCGCGAAUGCAUGUGAGGGUGUCCAGUUAUGGGUUCCACGUGAGGGUUGUAAAAGGCUCCAUCAUUUGCCUCGUGCAGAUGUUAACUACGCCUAACCUCCCUUAACUGGCACACAACGCUCACAUGUGGCUCCCAGAAGCCAGGUUCUGUCUAGGGGCCACAGUCCAAAACCGCCUCGACCAGCGGGCUAAACCGGUUGAGGAUAUCCGCUGCUGUAUGUCUCCCAGUAACUCGGCUUCCCUUCUCAUCCCCCCCCUACUCCAACUUUCGAAAUUCCCAUGAAGAGGACAACAUGCAAUAGUGUAGGCGACCCAUGCUAACUCGAUCGCUCUCCAUUAAACCAGUUCGUGACCCUUAGAGGAGUUCGGCAGCCGUCUGGAACGUCUACGCAGUUCUAUAUGGGAAUAAUAUUACUUACCCCAUAGCGGGGAAGGGACUAGAAAAGGUACCCUAAACAAAUGCUUGGGAAUCACGCCAUCUGCUAGGUAACCGUGACUCGUGGAUGCAAAAUUCGCGGGCAAUGAUCAACAACCACCCUCGUCCCCUACCCCUCCGCCCCCCCCCCACAGGUUGCUUGGAUGAGUCCGCUCACACUUGCAGUCUGGAAUUUUCGUUCCCUUUCAGACAAUCUGAAGAGCAGCCGUCUGGAACUGAAGACAGCACUAGUCGCUCGCGGACUGGCGGGUUAUAUGGUGGGAAAUGCUGCUUUCAACGAGAUCCACCUCUCCGAACAAACCAAAUGGAGUAGGUGGGUGCCGGCUAUGACUUUUUUUGAGCUGUCGCUCGAAGGCAGACCAACGCGACUCAGGCUUCGCUUAUGUCACUCAGAACGACAUCGUAGGACGACUGCCCCGUCUGCCGCUGGGCUUUAAUGAUCGACCAACAACCCUGCACAUUCCUCUUCAGGGAUUCACAUUCACCAUCGUUAUCAGCACCUGUAAACCCCUCCCCCGCCCCCCAACGACCAGUUCUUAUGUGGUAAAAAACAAAUUCUCCGAGCACCUGCACGCCCUCAUGGCGACUCUACCGAAGGCGGGCAAGCUGGUCGCCCUUGGCGACAUCACAGCCCGCGUCGGAACAGACCACUCUGCCUGGGAGGGAAUGCUGAGUCCCCUAUUGUCUCGACGGCUGUAACGAAAACGGUCUUUUUGUUCUGCGAACCUGCGAGAAACAUCGCCUUCUGCUGACCAACGUCCUCUUCCGCCUUCCGACGCGGGAGAGGUAACGUGGAUACGCACCAGAUCUCAGCGCUGGCAGAUGCUGGACUAUGUUCUCAUCCGGAGGCGAGAUAGACAGGACCUGCUGGUUACCGACGCGAUCUCUGACGCCGAUGGCCGGGUGGAUCACUGUCUCGUCGUCUUCAAAGUCAAGAACCGAAUGCAACCUUGCAGGUGGCCACAAGACAAGCUACCACCAGACAAUCAGAAGACUGUUUUGCUGAAUAUACCUGCUCACCGUCUCCGUCUCAGCAAUCAAUGGCUCAGCGACCAGAAGACCUACAAACCCCAGAUGAAAACGCCUCCAUGCAUACUCGAUGGUGCCAAAUGCGGGACGCCGUCACCCGACCACCCUGAAUGUCAUUGGACGCGCACGUCGUCAGCAUAAGGGCUGGUAUGACAGAAAAGACGCAGCCAUCGGCAACUCACUCAUUGAAAGGAACGGGCUAAAUAGAGCCUAAAUUGACCGCCUAGCCAAAGCAGACAAAGCAGCCUUCUGCCGAUAAUGCCGCCCUGGGCAGCAACGGUUGCAGGAAAUACCGCCCUCCGGGAUGGCUCGCAGAACAGUCAACAGAGCCGCGCCCUUCUCAGCUUCCACCAAACAACCUUUCUAACCGUGAAGUCGCAGGCUCUGAAGCGCUAGGCCGAACACUUCAGAAGUGUCUUUAAUCACGCAUCAACCAUCUCCGCCGACGCCAUCGACCGGCUCCUCCAAGUGGAAAUCGACAUCUAACUGGAUCUCCCCCUCCCACCCAGAGACCAUCUGCGUUGUAGAACAACUAUUCAGCGGGAAAGUACCAGGCUCCGAUCCAUUCCCACCAGAAAUUUACAAGCACGGUGGCCACCGACUGAUCGAUCGCCUCCCGGCACUUUUCCCGGAGGUGUGACGACAAGCUUGGGUCCCUCAGGAUUUCAAGAACAUGACUGUCGUCCGUCUUUGCAAGCACAAAGGGAACCGGCAAGGCUGUCAUAAUCACAGAAGUAUCUCGCGUCUCAACAUCGUCGGGAGCAUCUUCGCUCACCUUCUUAACAACCUUCUCAACCUUCUUAACAGUCACCUCGACCACGAACUUUUGCCGGAGCACAACCGACAUGGUAUUUACCGCUCGCCACCUUCAGGAGAAGUGCCAGGAAAUGCGAACCCCCCUCUACACCACUCCCAUGGACGUAACGAAAGCCUUCGAUGCAGUGAAUCUCAAGGGACGGUGGAAAAUCACGCAGAAGUUCGGCCAUCCCGAGCGAUUCGUGCAAACGGUAUGUCAGCUCCACGGCGGGAUGAUGGCGCGCGUCACGGACGACGGCGCUAUCUCCGAGGCAGCCGCAGUGAACAAGGGAGUGAAGUAUGGCUGUGUACUCGCUCCCACCCUCUGCCAUGCUGCUGGACGCCUGUCGUGA